AUGACAGACCACAACCAGGAAGUAUGGAUGUAUGCAAAGAGGAAGGAUAUUAGACAGGUCUGUGUAUUUGUUUCAUUCACAUUUAUUCCAUUUGCAGACACAUUUACCUGGACACACUCUUUAACAAUGGAAAUCACUCACACAACAACACUUUUUAUAGCAGUAAUAGCAGUGUUUGACUGUUCCCCACCAGUGACGUGGUUUGACGCACAAACGAUCUGCAGGAACAUGAACCAGACAAUUACUUUAAUAAAAAAUGAGUCUAAACAAUAUUAUUGGACAGGGCUAUACGAAAGACAAUCUCAUUGGAUCAAAAUAAUAGGUUGUUACAAUGAAUCAAUAUUACAGUACAGCAACUAUACUCUCCCAUUUGUAUCGUCUCUUUUUCAAUGCCAAGAAUAUUGCCUUCAGCAAAGUAUUGAUAAAUUUGCCGUUCAGGGAAGUAAAUGCGUUUGUUUAUCUCCUGAUUUUAAUGUCACGAAGGACCAAUUACUUUCAACGGAGUGCACGUAUACAUGUAGCAACAGUACAUUGUUGUCAACAGAAUGUGGAGGAAAUUUAACAGUCAAUGUUUUUUUCACAGAUAUGACAGACUUAAACAUCGGUAUCAAUUGCAUUUCUUUAGAAUGCGGAAAUACUCCUAUAUUUGUAGAAAAUCAUGACUGCGACGCGACUCUUCAUCCGCUAUGCAAUACCAUUACCCUAGACAGUUCAACCAUCAACGAAAAUUGGACAACUAGCAUGGGAUUCUGUAAGGAGAACGGCACGUAUUUAGCGGGAAACUUCAAUUUAUCAAACGCCAUUUCAGCGUGUAUUGGCUAUGCUCAUAAAAAUCCACACUGGAUCGGGGCAUUUAGAGAAAAUUAUUUGAAUACAGAUCAAGGCCAAGAUAUCAAACAAUUUGCUCAAAAGUUUUUCAACACAUGUCAAAGAUGCAAACUUGAAAAUGGUGCUCCAACGUGCCAAUUCGUCGGAUGCGGGGAUAAUAGGGAAAAAUCAAAAGUAAUUUGUUCAGAGACAAAGGAAGUAACAGUACCAAUAUCAGAGACAACAUAUAAAAGUACAACGCUUCAAGAAACUACAGAAAUAAAUGUUUCAGAAAUUACUACAGAAAUAAAUACAGGAAUAACUACAGAAAAAACUACAGGAGUAACUACAGGAAGUUUUGAUAUAUCUGAAAAAAAGAUUUCAGAAUCAAUCGAAGAUAGUUCAGCCGUCCCCAUAGCAGUGUCCGUGGUGCUUGUUUUAUUUCUCAUCGCUGGUUGUGUUAUAGCAAUCAUAAUAUAUAAAAGACGGAAAAAUGUUCUUCAAGAAAAAGAAACAAAAAGUGCCUACUGUCCACCAGCAAACAAGAAAUCUGAGAGAUGUUCUGAUACAAAAACUUUUGACAACACAAACUACUUUGUUCUUCAGCGACCUAACUCUACGUAUGAGUUGGCGGACAAUUUUAAACUUGAACUUGAAAGUCCAUAUAAUGAAGCUGAAGAAGGUACUUACGAUCAUCUUGGAGAGAAAAGGGUCAGAAAAAAACAUGAUGACGAUACAUACAAUCAUGCAUCAUCUGCAGAUUUAUCGGACUUGUCUGAUUAUGACGUAGCCAAUCGUAAACAUUUGAACAAUGAGGACAAUACUUACGAUCACACAGGUGUUGGGAACGAUUCAUACGGGAAAGUCAAAUCAGAUUUAUCUGAUUAUGACGUAGCCAAUCGUGAACACCGAAAUGAAGAAGACAGUACUUACGAUCAUACAGGUGUUGAUUCUCAUGGAAAAUACAAUUCAACUCAGAUGAAUGAAACUGAUUACUCCGAAUUAAGCUAGCCUUAAAAGCAAACUUCAUCUACAAUUCCACAAUAUGUCAUAGACUGUCCAUUAAUCCACUUGACGUCAGCAAAGGCUUUAACAAGAAUGAUUAAAUCGAAAAUGAUUUGUUUUUAUUUUAGUAAAUAAAUAAAUUGUUCCUAUAUACACAA